AUGGCUAAAGCAAAUUACUCGCUAGUGACUGAGUUUAUCCUUAUAGGGCUAACAGACCAGCCAGAGCUCCAGAUGCCCCUCUUCCUCCUGUUUCUGGGCAUCUAUGUAGUCACUGUGGUUGGGAACCUGGGCAUGAUCAUAUUGAUUAGACUCAGCUCUCAUCUUCACACCCCCAUGUACUAUUUCCUUUGCAGUUUGUCUUUCAUUGAUCUCUGUCAAUCAACUAUCAUCACUCCCAAAAUGCUGGUGAACUUUGUGUCAGAGAAGAACACUAUCUCCUACCCUAACUGCAUGACUCAGUUCUAUUUUUUUGUCAUUUUUGUAAUUUCUGAAUGCCAAAUGUUGGCUGUGAUGGCAUAUGACCGCUAUGUUGCUAUAUGCCAUCCCCUUCUUUAUAGUCUUACCAUGUCCUUUCAGGUGUGCUCAUGGUUGGUGAGUGGGGUGUAUGCAUUGGGCCUGGUGGGGGCCACAGCUCACACAGGCUGCUUGCUUAGAGUGCUCUUCUGUAAGGAAAAUGUUAUCAAUCAUUACUUCUGUGAUCUCCUUCCACUCUUGAAGCUCUCUUGUUCUAGUACCUAUAUCAAUGAAGUCUUGGAUUUGGCCUUCAGUUCAUUUAAUGUCCUUUGCCCAACCCUGAUCAUUAUUUGUUCUUAUGUUUUUAUCAUUGCUAGCAUUUUAAAAAUUCAAUCCACUGAAGGCAGAUCAAAAGCCUUCAGGACCUGCAGCUCCCAUAUUGUAGCAGUUGGGGUCUUCUUUGGCUCUGGUGCAUUCAUGUACCUGCAACCAUCUUUAGUCAGCUCCAUGAAUCAGGGAAAAGUGGCCUCUGUCUUUUAUACUAUCGUUGUGCCCUUGCUAAACCCCCUCAUCUACAGUCUGAGAAAUAAGGAUGUCAAAAUUGCCUUGAAAAAAGUUGUAGAAAAAACAUUCCAGUGA